AUCACACGAGGGGUUACACACCUGAGGAGGAAAACACCGGAAACAGGAGAAAACGCGUGGAAGUUUAGUAACUACAGAGAGCAAUGCACUUCCAAAUGAGACAGUUAGUGCGGCUGAAUCUCUGCGCCUCUAAGAGGACACCAGGGAGGAAACUGUGGACUGUUGCAGCAGCACAACAACAACAACAACAACCAGCAGCAGCAGCAGCAGCAGCAUCGCAUCAUGCAUCUGCAGACAUUAAGAAGUGUUUCUUCUCCCUGCAGAGCUGCAGAAACUUUGCAUCCGACACGUUGUACGGUCGAGCUUUCGCCUCAGCGAGGGACAACCCAGAGACAUACUGGGCUGAGGUGGGACAGGAUGUCCACUGGUUUGAGCCGUGGAGGAAAAGUUUGCACGUCGAGGAUCCAGUGUUUCCAAACUGGUUUGUUGGAGGGAAGUUGAACAUGUGCUACAACGCCGUGGAUCGUCAUGUAGAGAGCGGCCGUGGAGAGCAGCCCGCCAUCAUUUAUGACAGCCCAGUGACUGGAACUAAACAGAUCAUCACUUUCAGGGAACUUCAGGACCAGGUGUCCAGGUUAGCAGGAGUCUUGGUGAAGAAUGGGGUACGGAAAGGAGAUCUGGUCGUCAUCUACAUGCCCAUGGUGCCGCAGGCCAUGUUCACCAUGUUGGCCUGCGCACGGAUCGGCGCCCCACACAGCCUCAUCUUUGGCGGCUUCGCUUCCAAAGAGCUGUCCGUCCGCAUCGAUCACGCCAAGCCAAAGCUGAUGGUUACAGCGUCAUUUGGCAUCGAGCCAGGCAGAAGAGUGGAGUACAUCCCUCUGGUGGAGAAGGCCUUGGAGCUGAGCUCUCACAAGCCCUCUAAAGUCCUCAUCUACAACAGGCCUAACAUGGAAAAAGUAUCAAUGAGUCCGGAGUUGAGUCUGGAUUGGGAUGAAGAGAUGGCCACAGCUCGGCCGCACGACUGCGUUCCUGUUCCCUCAAACCACCCUCUCUACGUCCUCUAUACAUCCGGGACCACUGGAACACCAAAGGGUGUUGUGCGAGACACUGCAGGCUACGCUGUGAUGCUGAAAUGGACCAUGUCAAAUAUUUAUGGACUCAGUCCUGGAGAUGUUUGGUGGGCGGCGUCAGACCUGGGCUGGGUGGUCGGCCAUUCAUACAUCUGCUAUGGUCCCCUGCUCCACGGUAAUAGCACAAUUCUCUACGAGGGUAAACCUGUGGGGACUCCAGACCCUGGGGCAUUCUUCCGUGUCCUGUCUGAACACGGAGUCUCCUCCCUGUUCACAGCACCCACAGCUAUCCGAGCCAUUCGCCAACAAGACCCCCAUGCUGCAAUUGGGAAGAAAUACCCCCUGUCCAGGUUGCGGUCGUUAUUUCUGGCAGGAGAGCGUUGUGACGUGGAGACGCUGGAAUGGGCAAAAAAGAGCUUUGGGGUUCCUGUUCUGGAUCACUGGUGGCAGACAGAAACCGGCUCACCUAUCACCUCCACAUGUAUUGGUCUGGGGAACUCACUCACGCCACCUGCAGGUCAGGCUGGCAAACCUGUUCCAGGUUACAAAGUCACAGUGAUCGAUGAUGACAUGCAGGAGGUGAAGCCAAGAACCCUGGGAAAUAUCGUGGUGAGACUACCUUUACCACCUGGUGCGACAUUGUCACUGUGGCAGAACAACGAUCUGUUCAAGCAGCUCUACUUCACUAAGUUCCCAGGUUAUUAUGACACCAUGGACGCAGGUUUUGUGGAUGAGGAGGGCUUCCUUUACAUCAUGUCCCGGUCUGAUGACGUCAUCAACGUGGCAGGCCACAGGCUGUCAGCUGGAGCAUUGGAAGAGUCAGUGAUGCAGCACCCUGCUGUGGGAGACUGUGCUGUGGUGGGUCUAGAGGACACUUUGAAGGGUGUUGUUCCUUUGGCUCUGUGUGUUCUCAAGAAUGGUGUGCAGAAAAACGAAGAGGAGAUCAUAAAAGAGAUGGUGAAUCUCGUGAGAGACUCUAUCGGACCUGUGGCUGCUUUUAGGAAAGUGCUUUUUGUCCGAGGAUUGCCGAAGACGCGCUCCGGCAAGAUCCCUCGCUCCUCUUUAGCCGACCUGGUCAACGGAAAGCCUUACAAGAUCACUCCAACCAUCGAGGACCCAGAAGUUUUCAAAGACAUUGAGAGGCAGGUAGAAAAAGCCCUGAGACCUUGCGGAGCCUGAACUCAUCUGCUGGAUGUCAAAAGAAAACUAAGGUUGGAUACACAACACAAAAUCACUCCCUCGGCAAGGCAUGUGCAAGCAUGUUCACGCCGUGCUGCAAAUAUGAACUCAAAGUAGAAGUGAAAUUGUUGAUUAUUCAUUUUUAAGUCGAGCUGAAUGUAGACCUUGAUGUCAGUAUUUUUUUACAGUGUUAAUUUUUCCAUUAGUAAUACUGAAAUUAACGAUGUAUUUGUAUGUAAUCUGAAGAAUAAUGUGAAACCGUUUAAGCAGAGGCGAGGUACGGCUACCUUUUUGUACAAAAAGAUGCCCUCGAGCCAUAAAGAUUUUUUAAUUAUGAAUGAAAAUGAAUACCUGACAACUCAUUCACUGACUGUAGUUUUUUUUUUUUUUAUUGACAAUGAAAAUUUGCUUGCUCACCACUUAAUUUUUGACCAAAGUACAAGAAG